AUGUACAAUGAACUUUGUACAGGACACAACCAACAACGGAUACUCUGUGUGGGUACAGUGUACGGGGUGAUUAACGUAUGGACUCUGCCAGAGCUACGAGUGCUGCACACCAUGCAAGGUCACAUGUACAGUCCUGUCACCUCGCUCAGUGUGGAUAAAAAUGGCCUGCUACUCGCUUCAGGAUGUUUCAAGGGGAUGAGUGGACUAGUGAAUAUAUGGAGCCUCCAGGACGCAAGCCUGCUGCAGACCCAGACCGGACCCGGUGGUGUCCACAGCCUUACCUGGGUCUCCGAUGUUGGGUUGGCAGUCUGCUUUGUCCGGUCCAAGGAUAUCAACAUCAUCCAGUACCGUGCAAGUGUGUGUGGUAAGGACCGUGUGCUGGCAGCGUGUCGUGGUGCGCUCCUAGCUCGUGGUGUCUCUGGUCUGCAGAGUGUCCCCUGCCUGCGCUCACUAUUGAGUGCGCUGCCUGCUCUCGUGUUAGAGUUGUGGCGCAGCGAGCGACCGGCCGUGGUGAGCGGAGACCGUCUCACCUACAGCGACCACCUCAAGUGCCUGGUGUCCCUGGUGCUAGCCUUGCGGCUGGACCAUGUGCUGUGUUACCGUCAGGCUCCGCCCAACACAGCGGAAUCUCAUGCUCUCGAACCAGACUGGACGUGGCUGCACGUACUGAGUGUUGCGGCCCAGACAGCAAAGGCUCUUGUCUCUCGGACGCCUCUGCCGCAACAGUUCCUGCAGUGGAAGUGCGAAGAUAGAGUCCAGUUAGAGGAAGAGUGGACAGACAACGAGGCAUGGAGUUAUGAGACGGACGUGCAGCUGAUGGCAUGGAUGACGCAGUGCCCCCAGGACUGGCAAGUGGGCGGGAAGUGCGAGGCUUACCUGUGGGGCAGUGGACGCCAUGGUCAGCUAGCCGAGACAGGCCACAGCUCGCAGGUACCAACGCUGACAGAAUCAUUCUCAGCGGCACAGCAGAUAGUGUGCGGCCAGAACUGCACAUUCGUAGUGCAGACUAAUGGCACAGUGCUCAGCUGCGGGGAAGGCAGCUACGGUCGGCUCGGCCAGGGUCACUCCGAGGACCUUCACUCUCUCUCCGUAAUCUCUGCGCUGCAAGGAUUCGUCAUUGUAGAGGUUGCAACAUCAUGUGGCUCAGACGGCCACAGCCUAGCGCUAGCUGAGAGCGGAGAGGUGUUUUCAUGGGGCGAUGGAGAUUACGGAAAGUUGGGGCAUGGAAAUAGCGACCGACAACGUCGGCCACGGCAGAUAGAAGCUCUCCAAGGCGAAGACGUAGUUCAGGUGGCUUGUGGGUUCAAGCACAGUGCAGUUGUGACGAGUGACGGAAAGCUUUUUACAUUUGGCAACGGAGAUUACGGGCGACUGGGCCACGGCACCACCUGCAACAAGAAGCUGCCAGAGUGUGUGGGCGCACUGGUGGGCGUGGAGGUGGGACAGGUGGCGUGUGGACUGAACCACACAGUGUGUGUGGCAGCCAACGGUGCAGCCGUGUGGGCCUUCGGUGACGGAGACAACGGCAAGUUGGGUCUGGGCCACAACACCACCAAAGGAAUACCACAGAGAGUGGAGGCACUGUGUGGAGAGUCGGUGCGGAGAGUCCACUGUGGCACACAGUUCACAGUGUUUCUGACCAGUGACGGAAGAGUGUUCACCUGCGGCAUCGACCGCCUUAUCGGCCAGCCCAGAGUCCCGCGCUCGUGGACACCUGAAGCCUCAACAGAUUAUGACGCUGAGUGGCAAAGUUGUGGAGAGCGUGGCCGUGGGAGCAGAGCACGUAUUAGCACUGACCGCCAGCGGGGAAGUGUGGGGGUGGGGCAACAACUCGGACAACCAGCUUGGACUCGGCCUCACACCCAUCGUACGACAGCCACAGAUCAUUCAAGCUCUCACUGCCAAGGGCAUCAAACAGAUAUCGACUGGACGGACGCACAGUGCGGCGUGGACGGCACAGCCCCUGCCUCGGCGUCGACCCGGCAUGUCCACCACCAUACAGCUGGGCACACCUCUUGCCAUCCCAUCACAGUUCGGUCACCUCCAGGGUCUCUCCAUCCCCUGCCUGCGAGCCAGACUGCGGCUACUCCACAGCUUCUCUGACAUGCUGUACACGUGCUGGCGUCUUCUGCCUCUCUGCUCCCAGCACUGUGAUUGGGCUGCGGUAGAACCGUACAGUUGGCUGGCAUGUCCUCGACUACGGCCACUGCUAGCACCACGGGUGUAUACGCUCCCACUGGUUCGAGCAUUGGGGCGCACCAUGGUGCAAGGUCGCAACUACGGAC